UACAAAUUAACGAUGUAAAUAUUUACAUGUAUAUGCUCGACACACAGGUUCAACAAUGUAAAGUUUCAGCUCGAUAUCUGUGUGUAGUAUUUUAAAAAGUUCGUAAAUCUCGCUUGAGAUAAAGGAAACGUGAGCAGGAAUUACUAAUCGGACUGUAAAACUCGGACCAUUCCGUACACUGUGACGAAAUCGCUUCACUGGAAACAUAUAAAUAUACGCACUCACCAAUGACAGAGAGCGAGAGAGAGGGGAUCUUGGCAUUAUACAACAGCAACAUAUGUUUCUAAUAUUCACUUUGCAGGGAAAGAUGCAGCAUCACUCGUGACCCUAUGCUUGAAACAAAACGCUAGGUUUUAUCACCACUUCACUGGAUUUAAGACUUGUAUUAGCUUAUCGAGGACUUCUCUUAAAAUUUAUUUGCACUAUUGGAUACUUAGUCUUCAUUGACGGAUAGAAGGAAUCAGCAACAUUGUGCUGUGGUUAGAAAUACUUACUCGCGAGGGUAUAAAAAUAGACAUAGUGAGAGCAAGAGGUAGCAAGUCACCAGCAAGCCUGAAUUAACGAGAUAAAAACGAAAGCUAGAGUUUGAUAAUAGUAGAAAAAACUGACUCGGUGCAUGCAUGGUCUGGAAUCAAGGUGGCUGUCUUUUGACGGUUCCAGAGGUUACAAUAAGUUCUGUUCAAGACAGGAAUAAAGAGGGAAAUUGUAAAAUGUCGUCCGAGACGGAGGAAAGUAUUCCGGAGGAAGAAGGGAGACCAAAGGAGCAGGAUAUAGAAGCGGACUCAAAAUUGCAAAUCAUCAUCAACAAAAUCAAAGACUUCUUUAAGAAGAUUUAUGCAGUAUCCAAGUCUCUGUUGGGGCUUUCGGUUUUACUUGUGCUUUAUUCAAUUAUAGGAAUGAUUAUGUUUCACUGGAUAGAAUAUCAGGAAGAGCUGGACCAGAGAGAAAAAGUUGUGAACUUCCGGGAACUCACGGCAAAACAACUGUUUAAAUUAAAUAAUAAAAUGCUAAAUGAAACUGAAUGGAUUCAAGAGUCCCGAGAAUAUUUGGAGAAUUAUGAAAAUUUGAUCAGGAACACACCCUAUGAUACCACCGAAAAACCACUUUGGAGUAUGUGGGGAUCUUUGUUUUUCUGUGCUACAAUUUACACUACGAUAGGUUAUGGUCACAUCACACCAAACACUGACUUCGGAAAAGUUAUGACCAUCUUUUAUGCAACAAUUGGGAUACCUUUGGCUUUAAUGGUUUUAGCAGAAGUCGGCAAAAAGUUAACCGUGGGUUUAAAGUUUCUGUGGAAAUUUGUAAGAAGAUACUAUUACACUGGAUAUUGCAUAAAAGUACGCCAAACGGGAAGUACAUAUAUGAAGAGUGGGUUUCAACGCGGGAAAACAGCUCUACGGAAGGCAUCUGUAAGAUCUGUUAGGCGACUUCGAGGUCGUCGGGAGUCCCCGGUAGACAGAGAAAACAACGAAACUCCCAAAACCAUUGAUAUUGAGGUAGGUACUGAUGUCAUAGAUUCAACAGAACUUCCGUUGGCAGUUCUAGAGGAAGCUGCGCAGAUAAUGGCAGAAUCGUCACUUGAUCAGGUGACACUUCAUGGAAAUGGUAUUCAACAAAUUACCUUGGUGGUACCAGAGACAGAAGAAACUGAAAGCACUCUUCAUGGAAACAGUAUUCAACAUGUUACACUGAUGGUUCCGGAAACAGAGGAAACGGAGAGCGCAUGCGGGGACUCUGUGACGUCAAAGGAGUCACAUGAUAUGAAUGAUUUUGAAAUCGACGAAAAUUUCAACUUGCCACUUCCUAUCGCCUCUGUCAUAAUGUUAAUAUACAUUUUCUUAGGAACCUGCUUCUACAUGAUUUUAGAACAGUGGAACUUCAUCGAUUCGUUUUAUUAUGUAUUCAUUUCAAUAAGUACUAUAGGUUUUGGCGACAUUGUACCUGGUCAGCCAGAGUAUUUCUUGGUGUCCUCAAUCUACCUUUUUCUCGGAUUGGCACUGGUAUCCAUGUGUAUAAAUGUCGGUGUUGACUAUUUAAAUGUGACAAUAGAUAAAGCUAAAGUACAGAUGGACAAAGCUAGAGAUAAAAUGAGUAUUGUGGGUAGAAAACACAUGAAAAUUGCUGGAGAACAAUGGGGUAAAGCAAAAGUCAGAGCCAGGACGAAGGCUACUGAAAUGAGAACGAAGGCACGAGAAAAAGCCACGGAAGUACACAAUAUUGCCAAAGACAAGGCAAAAGAAGUGAGAAAAGACAUCGUGUUAAACGUGCAAAAUGAACUUUCAAGAAUGAAGUCAUCGAGGAAGAAAAAUUCCUUAGAUUCGAAUGGGAAACCUCCUUCCGAGGAGAAUGUUGAGAGAGAAGUGUCUGUGGACAGAACUUUAACUCUCCAGAGAGUCACACAUAGACAUGAUAAAGACAAAAUCGUUUUAAAUGGAUCUCCAAAGCAAUAUAACCCCUCUGGGCCUGUGACAGAGUUAUGAGAUGAGUUGAACGUUUUUAAAGUUCAUCUCAAGAUAAGCAAGGCGUCCUGUUGAGCAAAGACAAUGAACAUCAUUUCUAAUUGAGAAUUCAGGAAUACCGAUCUGAAAUUUGUUAAAUGGAACAAAUGGACAAAUCAUGAAGUCUUAAGAACUUCAACGAUGAGAUGAUCUUUCUCAUAGCGCUGUUUGGUCGAGGAUGAGAGCAUGGAAAAAGUUACAGAAAUAAUUCCAAGAAAACAUGAUGUAACAAAAUGACUGUAUAAGAUUACAAAUUCAUGAAAUGUUGACUUGCCAAAGUGUUGGGAACUCCAAGGUUGUGAAACAACCAGACACGAAGCAAAUGCUUGUUCAGGAAUAAAACAGUAUGUCAGAAAUAGCUGUAUCAGACAUGUAUUUAUAUCAUUUUAUCAUUCAUGCUUCCUGGAAACAUACAUGAAACAUGGGUGCAUCAGGGUACAUAGCAAGUUCACUUUGUGUUUCAGUGUGUACAGAAGAUAAAACGAUGAUACAAUUGUUUCCUACUUCAAGAACAAUUCCAUUUCUAUUCACGUGUCCCUGAACUUGACAAUGCAACUUUUGUGUAUAUCAAACAAACAUGAAUGUGUGUGUGUUCACAUUACCCUUCAAACUUACAUCAGGAGAGAGAGAUUGAAUCCUUAACACCAUCAUUCAACAUCAUAUUAACAUUUUUUAACCGUGUAUGUAGAGUGCUCUCUUCCAAAAUCACUUUUAAGUUUAUAAUACAAAUGUACACGUCUACAUAUUCAUAUUAAUUU